UGCUUUUAUACCCACCCUUCGCGCACUCAGGCUCUGCAUCACUUCAUAAAAUCUGAUGUCACCUAGGAGGUUCCCUCAAACUCAUGAAGAGUAAAUCGAAUCUACUACUUUUGAGUUGCAAACAACGACCGAUUUGUUUUUGCUAAUUACUUUUGUUGAGAAAAUGUAGCACAGGAGGAUUCAUUGAUGAAAGUAUUUUAAAUCACACGACGACUUCGAAAUGUCGAUGGAGGUGGACUAAAGAAAACGCACGAAAACUUGAGUAUUAACGGAUGGUGUCCGAUCUCAGGAUGCAGUGGUUUUGGAUAUUAUACCCCAAUUUACUUAUUUGGUUUCACCACUGUACAUCAGAUACAGCUUUGACGUUGGAGAGCAGGACCCUGUUCACAUACGACGAGUCCUACUAUGAGUACGUACCCGACAGGCUACCGUGGCAUGGGGCCGGACGCCUCUGUAGCCAGCGCUCGGGGGCCUUAGCCACGAUAUCCAACACCUUCGAGAACCGAGAGCUCACCACCUUCUUAAAGUCCCUGAACAUAACCCACCCCGUGUGGAUUGGCAGGAAAGUCAUGACACACUUAAAGAGUUCCACUGAGACCCUUAUCCUGGAGUUUGACGGGAGAUCCGACGUGAAGAAUGCGCGCCUCCUGCACAAGUUCCCCGCCAUGUGCGAAGUGACCGUUUGCACCCGUGUCCGCUUCGAUCCGGCCUGCUACGGAUUUUCCACUGUCUUCUCUUAUUCCAUCGAGUCAUUCAUUAAUGAGUUCCAGCUCCGCGCCAGGCUGAUCCAGGGCCAGCACGUCCAGCUGGCUCUGUUGGUCCAUGGCAUGCACGGGCCCUACCAGGAGGCCUUCCGCCAUGAUGGCUCCUGGCACUCACUGUGCGUGGGCUGGUCGCGCCACGAUGGACGCUGGGCCCUGUUUGCCAACGGCCACCCGGUCAACCGGGGCGACAGCCUGUACAGCGCAGGUGACGUGGGCCCUGAUGGCCACUUCAUCCUGGGCCAGGAGCAGGACUCGUUCGGGGGCUCGUUCAAGAGUGCAGAGUCCUUCUCGGGUAGUCUCACGCAGCUGCACAUUUGGGAGCGGAUGUUGAACGACAGUGAAAUCCACACCAUGGAAAAAGAGUGCUCUCCCGCCUCAUCUGGGCUGGUAUUCAAGUGGAGCGCCACAGUCCUGGAAGUGGAGUCCUCCCUGAAGAGGCUCUGGGGAGACUCGCCGUGCCAAGCUAACAGCAGUGAGUUGGCUGACGAGUUCCUGUACUCCCUGUUGGAUUCAGAUGUGGUGCCAUAUCACAACUUCUCUGAGGUGGUGGAUGCACCUCAGGCUGGAGAGUGUGUCACCUUUGACCCCCUGAGUGGAGGCUGGGGCUUAGACGUUUGUGACAGUCAGAGAGGUGCCGUCUGCCAGUUUGAGAAAGAGGUGUUGGACAUCUUCGGCUUUCCCAAGACAGCGUUUUUCAUUAAGGUGAUUGAGGACAUGAGCAGGAACGCGUCGUCUGAGAAAGACUUGGUGUCGCUGAGCGGACUGACUACCGUGCUGGUCAGGGUCCUGGAGGCCAGUCCAGACAUCCUCACGUCCACCGAUGUCCUCUACCUCACCGAGAUGAUGAAACUGGAGGCCACCACCACCACCCAGGAGGUCAACCAUGCCCAGGGGGGCCUAGACUCUGCCGAGGCCAUGGUGUCCAUUGCCACCAACUACCUGAAACUGGCCAGUCUCAUCCUGGACUCUAAGAGGGCCACCCAGUGGCUAGGUCGGCCAGAGGACGUUACUGUGGGACCAUUCACUGUAGUGGAGAGCAUUGAUAAACUGACUGGAGCUUUAGCAGAUGUGCUAUCUGCCGAGUGGAAAAGCUUCACACUCUCCACGGAAAACAUAGAUGUGCACGUGGAGGCACGGAAGCUUUCCCAGAUGAGCUGCAGCUGUGUGUUUAAACCGUCAGUGUUUGGCGGCCACAGUAGAGGUAGUGGCCAGGACGAGCUGCUCAUCCCCGACACGGAGGUCCAGAGACUACAUGACUUGGGUCACAAGGAAGUGAUGUUCAUCCAUACGUACUACAGCCAUCUCAUGGAGAUCCAGUCUAGGAUGGAGCAGGACUCUUCUCCAGAAGACCAGAGUGAAAACACAGGUGUCCUCCCUGGUCGCCUGGCCACUGCAGUCAUCUCAGCCACGGUUCGAGACCCCUCCAAGGCCCAGAACAUCCCAGUGGCCAUCCACUAUACUUUGUCCUCCUCGCACGUGGUGGAGUAUUCGCAGCGAGUCACGCCUCUUUGCGUGUUUUGGAAUUUCACCCUAAUGACUGGGAAUUCUAACGGCUGGUCCAGCAAAGAUUGCAGGGUGACUCACACGAGCUCUGAUGUCACUUCCUGCUAUUGUAACCACACCACCAACUUCGCCGUCCUGAUGAAUUACAUGGAGUCCAAGUGGACUCAGGAGGAGGAGGAUAUUUUGAAGAAGCUGACGUUUAUCGGCUCUGGGGCCUCUCUGUGCGCGCUGGUGUUGACCUUGAUGCUGUUCACCGUGCUGGACAUUCCCAAAUCGGACAGGACGUCUAUCCACAAGAACCUGUUCAUUGCUCUAACCUGUGCCCAGAUAGUCCUUCUCUGCAGUGGCUCAGCUGUCAACAACAAGGUGGCCUGCACCCUGGUGGCGGCCCUGCUGCACCUUUUCUUCAUGGCUGCCUUCAGCUGGAUGCUGGUGGAAGGACUGCUGCUCUGGAGCAAAGUGGUGGCGGUCAACCUGAGCGAGGACCAACACAUGAAGUACUACUACCUCAUUGGCUGGGGUCUGCCAGUGCUGAUAGUCACCAUCACCCUGGCCUCUGCCUCGGGGAAGUACUCUGCUGAUGGCCACUGUUGGCUCAGUGUGCAGAACGGGGUCAUCUGGGGCUUCGCAGGCCCUGUCAUUUUCAUAAUUAUGGUGAACAUCAUGGUUCUGAUGCGGGUGGUGGUCAUCACCAUCUCCACAGCCAAGAGGAGGUCCAUCAUGCUGGCAAUGGAUAGCAGUCCUGUGGAGCAGGCCUACGAGCAGAUCAGGGCUGCAGUGAAAGCGGUGCUGGUGCUAUUGCCAAUCCUUGGCCUGACCUGGCUCUGUGGCGUCCUGGUGCCCUUCUCCAUAGUCAUGGCCUACAUCUUCAUCUUUCUCAACUCACUACAGGGCCUGUUCAUCUUCCUGAUAUAUGGGGUGUACAACACAGAGGUUCGGAGCACAGUUAAAAGGAUCAAGGAGAGAAGAAAAGCGCUACGUUUUUCAAACUGUGCCAGCUCCAGACCCUCCAGCUCAUUGACCAGCUCCCGGCCCGCCAUCUCCCCCACGCCCUCCCCCCAGGGCCCCCAAGGUCCCAGCCUGGACGAAGGGGGAGACAAGACCUGCUCCGGCCAGCUCAGCCCACUCCCCAACCCUACCUACCCCCACAUCCCAGGCCUUGUGGAGGAGAACGCCAACAGAGGUCAGCUGUCCAUUCCUUGUGUCCCAAAGAGCCUAAAGGAUUCCCACAGUCAUGCUACAGGUGUCUUGAUCCCCAGAAUGGCUAAACACCGGAGGUCAGGCUGUGGCAUUUGACCUGUGAACCCAAGACAAAAACAGCUUGAGCUCCAGGCCAGGAGAGGAAGAGUGGAAGAGCAUUCCGGUGCGAGACGGUCAUGUCAUCCAACAUCUGAGAAACCUGGGGCUCAGUGAUACUUAUGCACACACACAAACUCAAGUACAUAUCGUAUACAUAUAUGCACGCUCGCACAGACACAAACACUUAUAAUUGAGAGACCUACGUCCCGUUUCCUUGCAGUUGCCUAAUAGGAAUGGAGAUUUUUUGAUAUGUUUUAUUGCGUCACUACAGUUGGAUUCAGAUGUUUUAUUGCAAAUUAAAAAGCUGAAAGAGUUACCUCUACCUUU